CUCGAAACCCUAUGAGUUCAGACGCUUUUUCAAAAACUUUAGAGAGUAAGCCUCGACACUCGUAUAUUUCUCACUUGCAACAAGAACACAAUACGACAGCUUCUUCAGUGGGAGGUUCAACAGUAAAUAGACUGUCGCGCGUUUUCGAAGCCUCUGGUCAUCUUGAACACCCCACCUACAAACCAAAACCAACGCCUCCUUCUAAACCUCCGUCUUUAAGACCUCCUUCUGUUAUAAACUCAACAGCCACAUCAGAAAUAGAUCAAACAUCACUUGCUUUUCAUGAUAUUCGAGCCAGAUUUCAACAAGAUACCGUAAGUUGAUUUAUUUUCUAUUGUCCACUCAUGCAUCUUAGUCAACCUAUCGACCUCCAUUACCUCUUAAACCCUCCAUGACAGGACCACCUUCAAAACCGGAAAAAAUCAUCAUUGCAACAAAGACAGGACCACCUGCUUUACCCGACAAGCCCAAACUGAAUCAUCGAUACAAUCAUCGCCCGUCCGUGGAGACAGAACCGUCCAAAGCACGCUACAGCUUUGCCUCUUCUUCUUCCAUGUUGCCUAUUCCUUCCAUGAUCACACGCACAGCUACUGGUAAUGGUAGUGUGAUGAGCAGCACUUCUACGUCUUCACAAACCUCGAAUUCAACACAUUCAAAACGAGGUUGGCAUAUUAGCAAUUGGUUCUUUAACCAACAACAGCAACAACAACAACAACAACAAUUGGAUCAUGAAAAUCUUAAGAAUUCAAUUAAACGAUCUGAUUCUGUUGUCUAUAGUGACACUCCAUCGCUGGAUAGUUCAGUUUCACCUCAAACAACAGGUCACCGUACUUCAAAGCGUACAAAAGUCAUCCAGGAACUCUUAGAGACAGAAAAAGCGUAUCAGAAAGACAUGGCAUUAGUAAAGGAAAUUUAUCUGGAGGGCGCUUAUCAGACAGGAUUUUCAAAAUCAGAUAUUCGUUCCUUGUUUUCGAAUUUGGCUGAUAUUGUUGAAUUCGAAACAACUUUUGUUACUGUGUUAGAACAAGCAUGUCAACUAGACUCUGUAGGCACUUGUUUUCGAGAGACGGUAAGAUGGCACACGUCAUAAACAAGCUAAGAUAUGGGAAUUAGAUGCAUUCGAUCGACAGUAUCUAUAGUGACUAUUGUAAACGACAUGAAGAUGCCGUAUUAAAGCUACAAGAAUUAGAAUUACAACCUGAAGUGCAAGUCUUUUUAAAUCAUUGUAAAGAACAAAUUCAAGG